AUGGAGAACGUUAUCACACAGGUAUCGCAAAACAACGGUGCUGCAAGCAAUUUCUUGUUAAAGGAACAGCAACAUGGACAAGGCUACACGGACAAUGGGGACGAAGACAAUGCCAACUCGUUGAUCCAUUUGAAUAUCCAGGAAAAUCACUAUUACAUAACUCGUGACCAGCUGAUGUCUUUGCCGGAGUCCUUGUUGCUGUGUCUGUUCCCGUCGGGUGUGUUCUUGGACCGGCAGGGACAGGUGAUCUCGAAUCUGAUGCCGAACGAUGAGGUUUACGUGUCGAAUUUUCCACCAGACUGUUUCGAGUAUAUCAUGGAAGUCUACUCCAAAGCAUACGAGGACCUGAUCAAUUUCCCCGUGCAUAAGCUGAACGACAGGGCGUCGGCGCGCAAGGAUGGCGGCCUUUCGUCAGCAGCCAGAGGGUUCUUUUCCUUUGGUGGUUCAGCAUCUCCAGGGAGCGGCAGCAGCACAGAGAACGAAAUCUUGCACGAGAAGCCCACAAUCAUCGUGCUAAGGGAAGACUUAGAUUAUUACUGUGUUCCCCAAAGCGAUUUCGAGUUCGAUUCGGACGAGAGCAGUGAUGAUCUCCUAUACCAUGUGAUGGCCCAAGUGAAAGCAGCUGCAGGCAGCUACUUAACUGCGAAGGCCUCUAUCUUCCAGGGACUGUACUCUUCCAACAGGCUCAAGAAGCAGAAGGACGGCAAGAACAACUCGAACUCCAAAGAAAGAACCCUGGGGCCCGCCGAGCAACAUCUACUGGAUAUGCUUUGUUCGUCGGGGUUUGCGAAGGACUCCCGAUGGGAAAACAGAACCCAAGAGCCGGGCAAGACAGUGAUCAGCUCGCUGUCGCUAUGUCGGAUUGUCAACGAGACCACAGAGGAAUUCAGGCAGAAGUACCACGCGGCGAGGGCAAAAUGGGAACAAGAGGUCAAAGCCGCUCAGGAAAACACAAUAACGCCCGUGGGAUCGAGCGUGUCGCUGAACUCGCUCUCCAGGACGACCUCCCGCAACAAUCAAGCCAUAAACGCGCUGUUGCCCACCAAAUCCGCGUCCCAAACGUCGAUUGCGUCGCACGGCCGCCCCGUCGUAGAGAAGCGCAAAUCAAGACUCUCCACGCUCGCCGACAACGUCCGCUCCAGAUCUUCCUCCGCCCAGAGAUCCAGCUCCAAGACAAGACACCCUGAACCGCCAAGACUCUACGACCUGGUCCCGCGCCCAGACAUAAACCCAAAGCUACUGCUCUUCUGGAGAAAGCCCGCCCGUAAGUGCUGGUGGGGCGAAGAAAAGAUCAACCUGGAGGUGCAAGUGUACGGUUCUUGGGCCACCAACAAAGACAACCCAGACAAGAAAGUGCGUACGUUAAGCCUCAAGACCCCGAAGGACCCCGAGGACGGUCUCAACAAGAUAUCUAUCCCGGUAAGGCUACACAUCCGUCGCGUAUGGACUCUAGAGCUAAGUGCUGUCGGCGUCGAGUAA